AUGAAGGAUCUUCUAACUAAUCAUUCUGGUCAGAAUCAUCUGGUGGGUAUUCCAAAGAAUUCUGUGCCCCAGACUCCCAUCAACAAAAGUGAAGCAAGUUUUUAUCCAGAACAAAAGAAUCGAAUGAUCCCUUCUCACCAAGAGAAUACCCACUCCUCAGCACCAAUGCUUCCACCUUCAGUCGUGAUAUUGAAUUCCACUCUAAUACACAGUAACAGAAAAUCGAAAUCUGAGUGGCCGCGAGAUAAUCACAACACUAGCCCUGGACAAACAAGCCAGGCCACUAUUCAACCAAACAAGAUACAGACAUCCACACAAGACCUGCAUCAAACCCGACUAGAAGACUUUUUUGUCUAUCCAGCAGAGCAACCCCAAAUUGGUACAGUUGAAAAAUCUAACCCGUCUGCAAAGGAAGAUAAUAACCCCAAUUCUGGUGGAGAAGAUUCUUUCAAAGAAAUCUUUCAGUCCAAUUCACGAGAAGAAUCUGAAUUUACAGUGCAAGCUCCUGGGUCUCCCCUAGUUGCCUCAUCUUUAUUAGCUCCCAGUGGUGGCCUCUCAGUUCCAACCUUCCCACCAGGUCUUUACUGCAAAACAAGCAUGGGACAACAAAAGCCAACUGCGUAUGUAAGGCCCAUGGAUGGGCAGGACCAGGCAUCUGAUAUCUCUCCAACACUUAAGCCUUCUAUUGAAUUUGAGAACAGCUUUGGAAACCUCUCCUUUGGAUCACUGUUAGAUGGGAAACCCUGUGCAGCCAGUUCAAAGACCAAACUGCCAAAGUUCACAAUCCUGCAAACAAGUGAAGUAAGUCUUCCCAGUGAUCCAAGCUGUGUUGAGGAAAUCCUGCGGGUGAGUUAG